GAUCAUGUGUUCCUAUGACAUUAUGUUUAUGUGUAUGACGUUUUCAGUAGAAGUUGGAAUGCUCUUAUUUUGUAUAUAUGAUAUUUACUUGAAUUUAGUGUAUCAAAUUUGUGCAUACGUGUUAGAGUUUAGUGCAAAAGCAUUUGAUAUGCUCUAGAUCGCAUAGCAUUUGAUAUGGUAAGUACGCCAACCUCUCGAUUCGAAAAGUAAGCCGUAUAUAUGGUCCGAUUUGUACUCGACCGCAUCGCUAACGUCCAAAAUUCAUGUAACCAUGCAAUUUCUUUUGACUCACAUGCCAUGUUAGGCCAUUUUCUCGCGUUCCCCAUGCCAUUUGUUUCUCCUUGUACACCCCAAAAGUCCAAACCAACCCCCUCCCUUCCAAAAACCGAAACUAUCAUUAACGAAGAUGAUGCCAUUGACGACAUCGAUCAUGAUCCUCAUCCCACCUUCCAUAUCUCCCCAAAAUCUCCCCACAAACCCUAAUCACACCCCCUUAAUCCCAAUCUCACAAUAAACAAACACCAACAAAGAACAAAAAAACACAAAUCAAACAACAAGACAAACACAAAACAAAACAAAACGGUGCAUUGAUCGAUCCAUCGAUCAUCACCACCAUGGGAUAGAGAUUUGUCUCAAAAUCACCCAUUUUGAGAUACAAUCUCUCCGAUCACACCUUCCUCCUCCAACAAAUGGACACGCUCAGAAAAUCCUUCAAAUCCCACCCUUCCUACAAGCACGUCCGUCGCCUCUCCGCCGGCAUAGGCGGCAAAUCCUCCUCCUCCUCCACCGCAUCCCACGAGCACCUCCCCAUCCUCUCCCCCGACGAAAUCAUCAACCACAGCACCAACAGCAACAACAACAACAUGAAUUCUCCUAGCACCCGCAGGAAGGAUUACAGCACCGUCGACGUCGAUAACAACGCCGGCGGUGUUGUUCCCGCAGAUGAUCCCAACCACAUGCAAAGGGAAGCCAGCUUCGGCUUCUCCAGCCAGGCCGCCGAUGAAGACCCUCCCACCCGCCUCAUCCACCAGUUCCUCUCCCAGCAGAAACCCGGCGAGAUCUCCCUCGACAUGGACCUCGAAAUGGACGAGCUCAAGGCCGUGGAUGACCGGCGCCAGGCGCCGGUCAUCCACGCCCCCGCCGGCGGCUCACCGAUGAGCCGCCGCUCCUCGAUCCGCGUCUCGUUCGACCCCUCCGUCUCCAGCGCUGCGUACGCCGACGCGGCGGCGGCGGCCGCAGCUGCCGCCACCGGCACGACAGACCAGUCGCUCCGGUGGCGGCACCACCAGAACCCCGCCCCGUCUCCGUCCCGCGGCGGCGGAGACGGGGACGAGGUCGUCCGCUGCACGUCGAACCGGUCCUUCCGGAAGCAGGCCAGCACGCUCUCCCGGAUGAAAACCAAGUCCCGUCUGCUUGACCCGCCGGAGGACGAGAUGGAGCGGAUGUCCGAAAUCAUCGCGAAGUCGGGCCAGCUCUACCGCUCCGGUCUUAUGUCUCGGACCGGAGCGGAAGACGAGGACGACGACGACCUCGAGCUCGAGGACCUCCCCGAAGAUUUCAAGAAAACAAAACUCAACCUCUCCAUCAUCUUCCAGUGGCUCGUCCUCAUCGCCAUCGUCGCCGGUCUAAUCUACACCCUCGCCGUCCCUUCCUUCAAGAGAAAACGCCUCGCCCAUCUAACCCUAUGGAAAUGGGAAGUCCUCCUCCUCGUUCUAAUCUGCGGCCGUCUCGUCUCCGGCUGGGGGAUUCGAAUUAUCGUCUACUUCGUGGAGAGAAACUUCCUCCUACGUAAAAGAGUUCUCUAUUUUGUGUACGGGUUGAAAAACGGGGUGCAGAAUUGUCUGUGGCUAGGGCUUGUGUUGCUGGCGUGGUUGUUGCUGUUUGACAAGAGGGUGGAGCAGGAGGCGAGAGGGAGGGUGAAGGCGUUGAAGUAUUUGACGAAAGUUUUGAUUUGCUGUCUUGUGGCGAAUUUCAUUUGGUUGCUGAAGAUCUUGCUGGUGAAGGUGUUGGCGUCGUCUUUUCACGUGAGUACUUAUUUCGAUCGGAUUCAGGAGGCGUUGUUCAAUCAGUACGUGAUCGAGACGCUGUCGGGCCCGCCGCUGAUCGAGCAGCUGAGGACGAGGGAUGAGAUCGAGAGGACGGCGGCGGAGGUGGCGAAGCUGCAGAGCGCCGGGGCGAAUGUUCCGCCGGAGCUGAGGGAGACCGUGUUUUCCAGUGCGGCGGGGAAGGUGGUCGGGAGUGGGAAGAUGAUCGGGAGGAGCUUCAAAGGGAGGACCAACUCUUCGACCGUGGAGAAGAAGGCGGUUGGGGACGAAUCCAACACCAUCACCAUUGAUCACCUGCACCAGCUCAACACCAAGAACGUGUCUGCAUGGAACAUGAAGCGGCUGAUCAACAUCGUGAGGCACGGCUCCUUGUCGACGCUCGACGAGCAGAUCCUCCACGGAGCCAACCACGAGCUCGAGGACGAGUCGAGGAAGAUCAAGAGCGAGUACGAGGCCAAAGCUGCCGCGAGGAAGAUCUUCUACAAUGUGGCUGGUCCGAAUUCAAGGUACAUUUAUCUCGAGGAUCUGAUGCGGUUUAUGAGAGAAGAGGAAGCGCUGAAGACGAUGAGUUUCUUUGAAGGAGCAUCGGAGACUUGUAGAAUUUGCAAGUCUUCUCUCAAGAAUUGGGUGGUGAAUGCCUUCAGGGAAAGGAGGGCCUUAGCUCUAACCCUAAACGACACCAAGACGGCGGUGAACAAGCUCCACCACAUGGUCAACGUCAUCGUCGCCAUCAUCAUCCUCAUCAUCUCCUUGCUCCUCCUCGGCAUCGCGCCCAGCAGCUUCUUCGUCCUCAUGGGCUCCCAGAUCGUCGUCGUCUCCUUCAUCUUCGGCAACACCGCCAAGACACUCUUCGAGUCCAUCAUCUUCCUAUUCAUCGUCCACCCGUACGACGUCGGCGACCGCUGCGAGAUCGACGCCAACGGCGUCCAGUUGGUGGUGGAGGAGAUGAACAUAUUGACGACGGUUUUCCUGAGAUCGGACAACCAAAAGGUGGUGUACCAUAAUAGUACGCUGGCCACAAAGUGCAUCGGCAACUAUUACCGGAGCCCCGAUAUGGGCGACGGGAUUGAGUUCCUCGUCCAUGUCGCCACUCCGGCCGACAAGAUCGCCACGAUGAAACAGAAAAUCAUCAGCUACAUCGAGGGGAAGAAGGAGCACUGGUACCCGAGCCCGAUGGUGAUAACCAAGGACGUGGACGGGCUGAACGCGGUGAAGAUGGCGGUGUGGUUCCGGCACCGGAUCAACCACCAGGACAUGGGGGAGAAGUUUUCCCGGCGAGCGUUGCUGGUGGAGGAGAUCGUCAAGAUCUUCAAAGAGCUCGACAUUCAGUACCGGCUCUACCCGCUCGACGUCAACAUCCGCCAAAUCCCUCCUCUCCCUCCUCUGCCCUACAACGUUAGUUAAAUUAGGAGGCUCUCUUUUUUCUUCUUCUUUUUUUUUUUUUGGGAAAUUUUUUGAUUCAUAUACCACAGUUUUGCAUAUAUGUAAUUGUAUCUUGUAAUGUAUAAUAUUCGGUUGUGCUGUAAAUUCAUUUGCGAUUGUUGGUCGUUGAGUUGCUUGUUUAUAACACAUAAAAAUAUGUACAUUGUUUAUGCAUUUUCUUUUCAAACUUGAGGGUUGCGUUGUAAUUGAUGAUGAUUAUGAUGAACUUUGGAGAUAGAAUGGGAAGGUCGAUCCCUUGACUACCUUUGACAUCGGGUAAACGAAUGUUUGUGUCACGAUCAUGGUUCAAAAAGGCAUGUUUAGACUUACGCUUAUGCCUUCUUAGUCGCUAUGCAAUACCAAACAUCUUCGUCUUUGAGGUAUCAUAACAAGUUAGUAAUCCAAAGUGUCCUGGUAGAGUAAGGUAAUCUCUAGGUGUCUCUAUUCAUAUUUAGGCAGAGUUAGACAGUCAACAUCAAAAAGAGAAAGCAUCAUUUGAAAACUCAAUCUUGCUCAAUAUUUUUAGUAGAUCAAGAACUUUAUUAACUAUUGAUCUAUGAUCCUAUGAUAUUGUGAGCUAUUUUAUUGUUAUGUGUUAACUAAGUUAUUAAUCAUUUAGACUGAAGUGCGGAAAUGUUGUAAAAAUUCUAUUUAUUAAUCAUUUGAUACAAAAUGGUAUUUUUCUUCCAACUCCUAGGCACGCUUAAGCGACGCCUAAACGAACUAGACGCUAGGCACAACACUCGUCUUAUGUUUAACGCUUUCUUGAAUCUACAUCACAAUAAUGGAGCAUAUGAGUUAAUUGAAUGAGGAAUUUGAAGUAAAAUACUGCAAAACAAAGUCGUUCUGCGUAAUUGUCGGGAAUCAUUUUAAAAUGUGCAUUAAAAAAUAUAUAAUGAAUUAUCACCAUAAGUUUUCUUGUUGCAUUCGAAGCGAUUGAAAUCUAUAUUAGAACAAAAAAAUAAAAGAGUAGGCGGGCAGUAAAUUAAAAAUUCUAGUACCACAAGAGAAGUAGUACGUAGUAGUUGAGCUGAUACAACUACCAUUGUAACUGUACACUAAUAUCAUUGUACUGAUACAACUACCAUUGCACAGAAAAAAGGAAAGUAAUUGAUAUGGAUUUUUAAUUCAGACAGAUAAUUAAAUGCAACACAGAUUUAUUAUUUUAAAAGCCUAUAAUUAAUGGGGUGUCAUUUUUCCAACUCCUUGAAUCGGUAGUCAUGCUAUCUAAUCUCAUUUUUCCCUCUUUAGUUUUCUUUCCUUAUUUCCAUUGUUGGAUCUCAUAUUGGAUAAUUAGUUGUCCGUCGUUCUUGCUAGCUAACAAGCUAGGUAAUAGACUAUUCGAGAUCCGGCCGGCUGCAUAUAUAACAAGGACAUAAGUAAAAAUAGGCAUGCCCAUAUGGCCUUAAAAAGGAUAUCUCAUCUUAAAUUCUUAAUUUGAAUCAAAGUCAAAUCAAACAAAGACAAAGUUCAUAAUAGGAUAUGCCCAUAUAGCUCAGUUUUGCCGUUUUUACUUAAUAAAGACAGAAAGAAAAAAACAGGCCGGCUUUACUUAAUAAAGACAUCGUCUAUUACCUAGCUUGUUAGCUAGCAAGAACGACGGCCAACUAAUUAUCCAAUAUGAGAUCCAAAAAUGGAAAUAAGGAAAGAAAACUAACAAGUAAAAACAAAAGGAAAAACAAAGAAAAAUAAAGAGGGAAGAUAUCAAGAAUUAAAGCAUCAUUUUCAAAAGGAAGAAUAAAGUUUUAAGAAAAAC